CUCGAGUUAGUGAAACGCCACUUGGUGACGAGACGUUUCGUUGUCCUGUCAUUAUUACUUGAUUCUCAAUUUCCUGGCUAAUAUCACGCGAAAUUUUGUGUUUGUUCCUGUUCACUCAUCAGUUAGCCGUGGCUUCGACCAGUGAAAAAACGUAACAUUUUUCAAGUUAAUCGAGGAGAAGUUAUGGUAGUGGACGUGACUGUAGUGUUCGAGCUAUAAGCUCGUCCAUUCUUUCUCAUGGCAAACAGUGCAUUUUAGAUUAAUUUAUGGUUUUAUCUGAUUAGCCUGCUAAUUUGAUAACUUGAUUGGGUGCAAUGGCUGAAAACAGUAUCGCGCAUGAUUGGCUGGCGCCACGGUAGCCCAUUCAUCGCUCCCCCCGUGGCAGUAGCAUUAGGUAUAUCAGCUACCGGAGUUCAACUCUGAUGUUUUGGCAGCUGAUUUUAUUCUUGCUUACGAGCAUUGUAAGAUUAUUGGAAAAAUUUUUUUACCGUCCAUGUUAGUGGAAGAUUUACAAAGUGUAGUGACCGUAGAUUUCUCGCGAUAUUGUCGGCAGAAACUAAAGGGAAACUGACAAUAAAGCGUCUGGCUUUAUUCGGGAAGUAUCUAACGAUGACGUCAUGUGCUGAAACAUAAGCUGUUUUCACCUUGUUCCGCCACAACAAUAUUUCGCGUGUACAGGUGCGAAUUACAUAAAAUAAAAGUAUUCGUUGGAAUCUUGAUCGCUUAGUAAAUCGAUAACAAAAUGGAUUCUGAAGAGGAAAUGUACGAUGAUGUGGACUCUGGCAAUGAGUCCAGUGGUGACGAUGUGGAUUUUGCUAUGGAAAUUGAAGCAGAAAAUCCAAGAGAACGAACUACAGAUGUUGAUGAUUAUCCAUUUGAAGUUUUAUCAACAGAAGAGAUAGUACAACAUAUGAUUGAUUCUAUAAAAGAAGUCAACACAGUUGUAGAAAUACCAGCAACAACGACACGUAUUUUGUUAAAUCAUUUCAAAUGGGAUAAAGAGAAAUUAAUGGAACGAUUUUAUGACGGAGAUCAAGAGAAAUUAUUCACAGAAGCACGCGUUAUUAAUCCAUUUAGAAAGGGUCCAUUAAUAAAUAGAAGUCAAUCUUCCCAGAGCGCUUUGUCAACAAAAAUGAUGACAAAUGGUACAGAGGAAUGUGGAAUUUGUUUUAUGGUUCAACCAUCUGCAAUGAUGACCGGACUUGAAUGUGGUCAUCGCUUUUGUACUGGUUGCUGGGGAGAAUACCUCACAACCAAGAUUAUGGAGGAAGGAGUUGGUCAAACAAUCGCGUGUGCAGCACACGCGUGUGACAUUUUAGUUGACGAUGCCAGUGUUAUGCGUCUUGUCAAAGACUCUAAAGUCAAGCUGAAAUAUCAGCAUUUAAUAACUAAUAGUUUCGUUGAAUGUAAUAGGCUACUAAGGUGGUGUCCAUCUCCAGACUGUAAUAACGCUAUAAAAGUACAGUACAUUGAAGCCAGACCUGUAACUUGUAAAUGCGGACAUACAUUCUGUUUCCAUUGUGGUGAAAAUUGGCAUGACCCAGUAAAAUGUCAUUUACUACGUAAAUGGAUAAAGAAAUGCGAUGACGACUCGGAAACAUCAAAUUGGAUAGCUGCAAAUACAAAAGAGUGUCCGAAGUGUAACGUCACGAUUGAGAAGGAUGGUGGUUGUAAUCAUAUGGUGUGCAAAAAUCAGAAUUGCAAAACUGAUUUUUGUUGGGUGUGUCUUGGACCUUGGGAGCCACAUGGUUCUAGUUGGUAUAAUUGUAAUCGCUACGAUGAAGAGGAGGCCAAAGCUGCUAGAGAUGCUCAAGAGAAGAAAAGAUCUGCACUGCAAAGAUACUUAUUUUAUUGUAAUAGAUAUAUGAAUCACAUGCAGUCAUUGAAAUUUGAAAGUAAACUUUAUGCAAGCGUAAAAGAAAAAAUGGAAGAAAUGCAGCAGCAUAAUAUGUCCUGGAUUGAGGUACAAUUUUUGAAAAAAGCCGUAGAUAUUUUGUGUUCCUGUAGACAGACUCUUAUGUAUACUUACGUUUUUGCUUACUAUUUGAAAAAAAAUAACCAAUCUGUGAUUUUUGAAGACAACCAAAAAGAUCUAGAGGGAACGACAGAACGUCUCUCAGAAUAUCUUGAAAGAGAUAUUACAAGCGAAAACCUUGCUGAUAUUAAGCAAAAAGUUCAAGAUAAAUAUAGAUACUGCGAUAGUCGGAGGAAAGUGCUUUUAGAACAUGUACACGAAGGAUAUGAAAAGGAUUGGUGGGAUUACGUGGAAUAGAGGACUGUACCAAUUUUGUGUUUCGGGGAUGUACAACAAGUUUUUUAUCUUGUUACUGUUGCCCCAGCUGUGAUAAAUCAAGAAAGCUGAUAAAGAGACGAAAAAUAGGACAUGUCAUCAAGUGAUUUACGUGUUACAUAUACUUUAAACACAAUAUGAUCUAUGGCAACACAUAUAUCAUUAUGAAUUAUGAAUUUAUUAAAAUUGAAUCCUACUACUAUCAGGCUUCAUGUAAAAUUCUUUUAUAUUGAUUACGAGAGCUCUGAUUUGCGCUAGCUGUGUGCUAUUUGUUGUCGUAAUGUCUUUAUCCUUCAUAAAUAUGGGUUGCAAUUGUA